GACAACGUAGACUACUCCGGUCGCUUUGUUAUGGAUAGGGAAUUUAUCUCCAUAGAUGAGUUACAUAGUUGGGCCGAUGCGAUAGCAAUAACAAUCGGUUUUCAAUUUACACGUGCUUCUUAUAAAAAGAAAGAAGGACGUUCCAGAGUUAGUUGUUAUUUAAGAUGUCACCGCUAUGGUAAACUUAGGGGUGAUGUAGAUAAUGCUGCCCGACCUGGUUCUAAAAGUAGGAGUUGCGGGUGUAAAUUUAUGAUUGUAGGAAGUAGUCGUAAACCAGGAGAAAGACCUUGGACGGUAAGGGUGUGUCCUGGUGAAAAGGGAAAACAUAACCACCCGUUCUUGGUGUACAGAGAUGGUCAUGUAAGGGCGAGGAUUAAUGUAGAUAUUCGGGAGCACAUAGGACAGCUUAGUGCAACCGGAAUGCAACCGGCCUUUAUUAUGAAUUCUAUUAGAGAUAAUUUUCCUGGUUUUUAUGCUAGUAUGAAUCAGAUAUAUAAUAUUAGGCAAUCAAUAAGGAGAGAUGAAAUGGAGGGCAGGACUCCCCUUCAACACUGUCUUCAUAUGGCCACAGAACAUAAUUAUGUGGUCUGGACAGAGUUGGAUAAUGACAGGCACUUGAGCAGACUUUUAAUUGCAAAUCCUACUUCAAUCCAAAUGAUACGUACGUGGCCGUAUGUUGUGCUGAUAGAUACAACGUACAAAACGAACAAACCGAAGUGGCCACUAUGUGAAGUGAUCGGAAUGACGCCAACAAAUCACAACUUCUUGGUUGCGUUUUGUUUGAUGCGAGAUGAGGCGGCUGUGUCGUACUCGUGGGUGCUGCAGGGAUUGAGAGAUAUUUUCGGCACUGCUCAGACUCCUAGCGUCAUUGUAACCGAUCGUGACGAAAGUUUAUCUGCAGCUAUUCGUGACGUCUUCCCAGGUAAAAACGCUUUGUGAGUUCAUUAUUGUGGUUAUAUCUAUUGAUAAUGUCUUAAUUACGUUCACUGUUUUGUUUAAUGUAAAUGUACGUCAUUUGUUAUGCACCUGGCAUAUUGGCAACGAUGUUGAGAACAUGGUGGACAAGUUGUGCGGCGGCAAGAAAAAUCAACAAGGGCAGUUAUUCAGGAAAAGUAGAUGGAACCCCUUGGUUGAAAGUGCUACAAUCCGGGAAUAUGAAAAGAGAUGGGAAGGGAUCGUCAGUACGUGGUCGGUUAGGAACCGAAGGGUCGUUCGAUAUUUGACUGGAACAUGGAUUCCACUUAGAGAGAAAUUUGUGCGUGCGUGGACGAAUGAUUGUUUACACUUGGGUAACCAUACUACCAGCAGAGUGGAAAGCCAACACUCGUCUUUUAAGUAUUACCUUGGUAGCGGUAAUAGCUCAUUCGAUACCCUUUUCAAAAGGGCGCACGCACAGAUUACAAAUCAACAAGCUAAAAUCCGACAAUCGCUACAGGAAUCCAUGACUUCUGUACCAAGAACGCUACGACAAUAUUUCUUUAGACCUCUAUAUCGCCACGUGUCUCUCUAUGCCUUGGAGCAGAUCCAGAAUGAGUUUAACCGCAUCUUAGAACUGGGUGAUUUUGUAUUGAACAAAUGCGGUUGUGUACUUCAAAAAACCCAUGGAUUGCCGUGUGCAUGUUAUUUACAAAUGACCAUUGGAUCACAUGGUGCUUUGUACUUGGAUGACAUUCAUGAAUUCUGGAGUACUUUGAGGUACACAGAGGUAGGAGACGAACCCCAUGAAGAAGUACGAAACGCGAACGCCAAUGACAAAGAGUACUUUGAAUCUCUGGUCGAUGAAGUCCUUAAAUCUGAUCCCGCUUUUGUUCGCCGAAUGGCUGAGGUACUUGAAUAUGAAUUACACCCAGAUGGUGCGGAUAUACCUGAGCCUUACGCUAGUCCACCGAGAAAGGGAAGACCAAGCACUAGUAAAAACAUGAGAAGGAGAAAAAGUUCAUUUGAAUAUAGCCGAUCAUCUUCUCGUGGUCGAGGGUCUUGAUCUUCUUCCCGCGGGAGAUCAAGUGGCAGAUCUAGUGGCCGAGAGACGCAAUCUUCAGUAGGAAUUAAGUUCAGUUUCAACUUAUCCGAUGAUCCAGGAGGUCGUGAUUUCUCACAGUUUCCAUGGCCUGAUUACAUCCCAUUCAUGCUUCCUCCUUAUUUGUUCGACUGGAUUGAUGUGUUAGGUGAUGGUAACUGUGGAUUUAGAGCAAUUGCCGUCACAGAGCUGGGAGGCGAGGAAGCAUGGCCUUUUUUAAGACGUGCUAUGAGUAUGGAAAUGCAAAUGAACAGAGCGCAAUACCUAACUUUGUAUCUAUCUCAGGAGUCACUAGACGAGUCAAUAUUCAGAGUAGGUUCACACACCGAUGGACCUGCUCCUUUCAUGCACUGGUUCGAUGCACCGAUGGCUUUCUACUCUGCAGCAACGUUUCUUAACAUUGCCAUUGCUUUUUAUGGUUCUGCUGACGGUGAUUCGCAACACAGCUGUUUGAUUCUUCCGUUAAGAAAAGCACAGGCCGCGAGAAGUGUAAAUAAACUAAUACAUAUACUUUGGGUUAAUCGAAAUCAUUUUGUUCAACUUUUUAUGAACGACGAUUCAUCCCCUCUGCCGCCGAUCCACCCACGUUGGAAACAAGCAGCUGACAAUUUUGCGAAAGAUCUUGACACAAAUUUCACUACAAGGAUUAUGCUGUGGAAUAAUCUACGCGGGGCACACCCACCAACAAAUAACACCGCUGACGAUGCUGUAAAUUUAGAUACUCCAUAGAAUUUAUACACGACAUUCAUUAAAAGUUGUAUAUAAUCCAUAAUUAUACUACAGUGUGUGGUGUUAACAAUUUAUUUAUUUCUUUGAUUAAUAGGAGGAAUUUAUAAUGCUGG